UGCAACGAGUAAUUUGCCCCGAAUCGAUCAGGAACCAGCCAAGUGUCAAAUGAUGGGGAAUCUCCGGAGUGAAAAUGGUUCUGGAAACGAGUGAUAAAAUUGGCCAGAUUUACAUCGUUUGAAAGUCAGAGUGCUUCACUGUAGCAGCCAUGGAGGACAUGGAAUUGCUUCCCAUCGACCCUCCGCCCUAUCGCAAUCUACUCCACACCCAGAGAGCGUUUGAUCUCCUCAACGAUUUCAGAAAGCAAAAUAUACUGUGUGAUGUGACGCUGGAAGCGGAGGGGGUGGAGCUUCCCGCCCACCGUGUGGUCCUGGCGGCCUGCAGUCCCUACUUCUCGGCCAUGUUCACCAGCGAGCUCUCUGAGUGCCGCGCCCAGAAGAUCAUCCUGCAGGAGAUUGACGGCAGCGCCCUCGCGCUGCUCCUGGACUUCGUCUACACAUCGGAGAUACAGGUGACCGAGGAAAAUGUCCAGACCCUCUUGCCAGCAGCUAGUCUCCUGCAGCUCAUUGAUGUCCGCAGUGCAUGCUGCGACUUCCUACAGAAGCAGCUGCACCCGACCAACUGCCUGGGCAUCAGGGCGUUUGCCGACAUGCACUCCUGCAAUGAGCUCUAUCACUACGCACAGAACUACACCAUGCAGCACUUCAGUGCUGUUGUCCACAGCGAUGAGUUCACAGCGUUAUCCGCAGAUCAAGUCAGUGAUCUUAUCAGCAGCGAUCACCUGACUGUACCCACAGAAGAAGAGGUGUUUGAGGCAGUGGUAGGCUGGGUCAACAGCGACCCGUCGAACCGCUGCGACUACAUGCCGCGCCUGGUGGAGCACGUGCGGCUGCCGCUGCUCUCGCGAGACUACCUGGUGCAGCGUGUGGAGGAGGAGCCGCUCAUCAAGACCAGCAGCAGCUGUAAGGAUUACCUGAUAGAGGCCAUGAAGUACCACCUGCUGGCCAAGGAGCAGAGAGCGCUCAUCAAGAACCCUAGGACGAAGCCCAGGACGCCCAUUGGACUGCCAAAGCUGAUGCUUGUGGUGGGUGGUCAAGCCCCCAAGGCCAUCCGUAGCGUCGAGGUGUACGACUUCAAGGAGGAGAAGUGGUCCCAGGCUGCCGAGAUGCCAUCCAGACGCUGCAGGGCAGGUAUUGCGGUACUCAACGGUCUGGUCUACGCUGUUGGCGGCUUCAACGGUUCCCUGCGCGUGAGAACCGUGGACGUGUAUGACCCAACCAGGAACAUGUGGUCCUCGGUGGCUUCCAUGGAGGCGCGACGGAGCACGCUGGGCGUGGCCGUGCUGAACAACCGCAUCUACGCAGUGGGAGGUUUUGACGGGACUACAGGGCUGAGUAGCGUUGAGGCCUAUGACCCUAAGGUGAAUGAGUGGCGAUCGGUGGCGUGUAUGAACACAAGAAGGAGCAGUGUUGGAGUAGCUGUACUCAAUGAUUAUCUGUACGCGGUCGGCGGGUACGACGGUGCGUCCAGACAUUGCUUGAGUUCCGUGGAACGCUACGACCCUAUCAAAGAUGAGUGGUCACCGGUUAAAGAAAUGAACACCAGGCGGAGUGGAGCAGGUGUAGGCGUUGUGGACGGCAUGCUGUAUGCCGUGGGCGGACACGACGGCCCCAUGGUGCGCAAGAGCGUGGAGAUGUACAACCCAGACACCAACGAAUGGACGUGUGUGGGUGAUAUGACCCAUUGCAGGAGGAAUGCUGGCGUGGCAGCCGUCAACACCCUCCUGUACGUGGUGGGCGGCGACGAUGGCUCGGCCAACCUCUCCUCGGUGGAGUGCUACGACUCGCGGGCCGACGCCUGGGUGGUCCUGCCGUCCUGCAUGACCACGGUCCGCAGCUACUCGGGCGUGGCCAUCAUCGACAAGCCCACAUGACAUGAGGAGGGCGCCCCCAGUGGCAACCCAGAGCAAGGGGCCCGCGGCAACGACAGAGACACGGAGUUCCACAUCCAGUGGGGUUACUGGUGAAAAAACACCCGAGGGCGCUGUGACCAUUGAACCCGGGGCUAACGUCAAGGACCGUGGACCUAUGUCAUGGAGAUGCUAAGCUUGGAAAUGGUGCUAAGCGCAAAACUUGUAGCAAAAACUGGUAACCGGCCAGAUUGCCAUUAGAAUGCUUAUUACUUAAGACUGGUUCCCAGCCAAUUGCUGCUUACCACAAAAAUCUGCAAAGCAACAUUUCUUCAAA